AUGGUUGGACAGGACGUUCGAGCCGUGAAGGUGUACAGAAAUGUCAUCCACAGCUUGCUGGAGAGAGCUGGCCAGGUCAAGCAGACGCCAUCGAUCGAGCCACCGGUCACAGAAGCCAGCCUGGGAGACGUUAUCAAACAUGUCCUAGCUGGAGAUGGUGGCGCGAUUAGAGAGAAUAGCCAGCAGACUCAGUACGCAGCCGUUGAGACGGCGUUUCGUGAGAUAUUCUACGAUCUACUUGCCACAGCCUCCAUUGGUGAACCGUCGUUUAUGCAGAUAUGGAAUCUUUUAGAUAUUGUCUCAAUCUUCUCGGAUAAUGAAAAGUGCGAACCGGGCCUUAUAUUCUGGCUCAUCGAAGAGCUCUUGGAUAGCCAAACCAUAGACGGAUGUAGAAAGGUUUUCGACUAUCUAGAAUCCAGACGGGAACGCAAUACAGCCAAACACUUCAAACAAAAAAGUCUGAUUAUUCUCCGUUCAUGCAAUGAAUUACUGAGGAGGCUUUCUCGUGCCGAGGAUACAGUGUUCUGUGGACGGGUCUUCAUCUUCCUAUUCCAAUCUUUCCCCCUAGGGGACAAGAGCUCUGUGAAUCUCAGGGGGGAGUACCAUACGGAAAAUGUCACAACCUUUGAUAUUCAGCCUAAGUCAUCGACCGAAAGCGGCGAUGCGAUGGACGUGGACACACAGGAGGAUACAACUCCAAUACCAAAGACCGAGGGCGAUCAGUCGGAGUCAAGGAAGACUCCCGUGCCUCGGGAAUCGGCCACUGACGCCCCAUCGCAGCGUGCAAAGGAAGCAAGUGACAAACCAGAUCUCGACUUCGACUCUCUUUAUUCGGCCUUUUGGAGUCUCCAAGAAAACUUCUCUAAGCCCAUCAAACUGUUUGAUCCUGUACAUUUUGCGUCAUUAAAGUCUGGCCUCGAAGCAACGCUUUCUAGCUUCCGAAAGGUUAGCUCAAAACUGGAGGUACGCGGCACAACAAAAGGUUCAGAUGAAUCACGGCGAGGAGCCAAACGCAAACGAGGUGAAGGAGCCUCCGAGUUGACGAAUAGCUUCAACCCCAAAUACCUAACUAGUCGAGAUUUGUUUGAGCUUGAGAUCAACGAUGUGUCCUUCCGGAGACACAUUCUUGUCCAAGCUUUGAUUCUCCUCGAUUUCCUGCUUUCGCUAACGCCAAAGUCCAAGGCCAAACUGUCGGACUCCACAAACAAAUCAGUGCUAUACGGAUAUGUGUUGAGUGACGAAGACGCUAAAUGGGCAACGCAAAUGAAAUCAUCCAUCGCCAGCUAUUUGCAAAAAGGCAUGGACGGGAAAUUCUAUUUUCGAAUGGUCGACACUGUGCUCACAAGGGACAAGAACUGGGUUCGAUGGAAAGCCGAAGGGUGUCCUCCGAUAGAGCGGCCGCCUGUUCCAGUCCAGAACCACUUGGACACUCAGUCCAGUGCCGCCAAAAUAACAGCCAAUAGGCGGCUUCGCGCAACGCCUAUGGGCUCUUUGGAUCUUGGAUUCUUAUCCGCUGAAACAAAUCUAGGAGACCUCAACCGCCUAAAAGAACCGGAAAGAUUUGCAAUACCCAGCGUCGACUUUUACAUGAGUGGUAUUACUGAUGAUGAUUUCAAUAUUGAUAUGGCCAAAGAUGAGGAAGACAAGGAGCAGUCUGUCAAAGCCAAGGCUAGCAAAACAUGGAGGACUUUACGGAUUGCCUCCAGGAGUAAGCUGAAUCAACUGGAUAAGAUAGAGGACGGGAAAAACUUGAAAGUGCUUUUCGAAACACCUCCAGCACCGGCCACCAGCUCUACAAAAUCCCAACAGGAAGCCGAGAAUAGUGCCGAUGGCUCCAAGGAAGAAUCAACAAGGGAGAACACCCUCGAAGCUGCCUCAGAGCAACCGCAGCCUGCUCAGACUUGA